GAUUACGGCGGACCGACACCCAACAAGGCAAUUUCUUUAGUCAAACUCAAAUUUUGAACUUUGAAGGAUCCUUCAAUUUUCCAACUCUUGCCAUGAAUAUUAUGCCCAUUUCAAGUCUCUCUCUUCUGUCUCCUCUUCUCUGCGUUGUUGUACCUCCAAGCCAGGUACCCGAGGCUACAAGAGUCCGGACCUCUGCGCUUUCAAUUCUCCUAUCCUGCAAUUGCGAUUCAAUCUAGUCUUCGGUUUCCUCACUCUAGGGCUUUGGUCGCGGUACUGUAACCUGAAGAGGAUUUUUUUGGCUGGAUCGGUUUCUGAAUCGGGCCGGCAGCCUGUUUGUCUCCGCCGCGAGGUACACUUUGUGCUUACUUUCCCAAUCUGGUGUUCGUUUCACGGGUUCCGAUUCUUGUUGGUGCUGAAAGGCAAAGGAGUGUUUCGGAUUUGUUCCAGCUGAAAGUUCCUCUGGAUAUUUAAUUAUUUGGCACUCCUGGUUUUGAUUUAUUUGAGUUCUUAUAUGUUUUUAUGUUCGCGAUUCUUUCACAAGGCUAAAAUUAGCCUCUUUUGAGCAUCUGAGUUAGUGAAAAUAGUUGUCUGUUUUGAGAAAUGGCUGAAACCUUAGAAGGGAAUCGUUGGGAGGAGAUGUUGAGAAAAUUUUUGCCGCCGGGAACACCAAUUCCCGAGGCUCCACUUAAUCUGGACUACUCUAUUGCCAUCGAGUAUGAUGGUCCUGAUGUUGACUAUGAGCUUCCCAGCGUUGAUCCUGUCAGCCUGAGCUACAGGUCUAUUCCUACAGCAGAGCCCCUCUCUGAAUCUCAUGACCGGCCAGUGGAAAAUGGAGGACGGCAGAUUAUGGAACCAACUCCGCUUACUGUCUCCUCCAUAUCGGACCAUGCUAGUUCCUCUCGCCGGAGCCCAAGGGGCUCUGGGAGCUCCGAGUCUGUUGUUUCUGUCUUGCAGAAUCGAGAGUUCUCGGGUCUGUCUAAUUCUGAGUCUCCAGAUUCUGUCCAUAGCCCUCCCUCCGCCCAAAGUUCCCCACGCAGGCCAACCUAUCGAAUGGCGAAUGAGGUGAAGAGGGUACCUGUAGUUACUUUUGAAAGCAUGGAGAAACCCAAUAGUAAGGAAUUGUAUGUGGGGGGAUCGGCUUCACCUCAAUAUGUUGGUGUUUCAAGAAAGGAGAAGAUCAGCGUUUGCUAUCGAUGUGGGAAAAGGAAGUGGGAGAGAAAAGAAUCUUGCUUUGUUUGUGAUGCUAGGUACUGCAGUAAUUGUGUACUUAGAGCCAUGGGGUCGAUGCCAGAGGGGCGCAAGUGUGUACAAUGCAUAGGGCAGCCAAUUGAUGAGUCGAAGCGGUCGAAGCUUGGUAAGAGUUCCAGGAUAUUGUCAAGGUUGCUAAGCCCCUUGGAAGUAAGACAAAUUUUGAAGGCAGAGAAGGAAUGCCCUGCCAAUCAACUGAGGCCUGAGCAGCUCAUAGUGAAUGGAUGUCCUUUGCGGCCUGAGGAGAUGGCAGACCUGCUUGGUUGCCAUUUACCUCCUGAAAAGUUGAAGCCUGGAAGGUACUGGUAUGACAAGGAAUCCGGGCUUUGGGGAAAGGAGGGAGAGAAACCGGAUCGAAUUGUAAGUUCAAAUUUGAAUUUCACUGGAAAGCUUGCAAGCAAUGCAAGCAGAGGAAACACUCAAGUUUAUAUAAAUGGCAGAGAAAUUACCAAGACAGAACUGCGGGUGCUAAAGCUAGCAAACGUGCAGUGCCCAAGGGAUACCCAUUUCUGGGUGUAUGAAGAUGGUCGUUAUGAAGAAGAAGGCCAGAAUAACAUCAAAGGAAAAAUCUGGGAGUCGGCAUUAACAAGGAUAGCAUGCUCUUUAUUUUCACUGCCUGUCCCUCAUAAUACGUCGCAUAGACCAAGGAGCGAGGCUCCUUAUUCAGCUAGAACAGUUCCUGAGUACUUGGAACCAAAAAGGGUCCAAAAACUUUUACUACUUGGAUAUCCAGGAUCAGGAACAAGCACCAUCUUUAAACAGGCAAAGUUUUUGUAUGGAAGUAAAUUUACCGCAGAAGAACUAGAAAGGAUCAAGUUAAUGAUUCAAAGCAACAUGUACAAAUACCUAAGCAUUUUGCUUGAGGGAAGAGAAUGCUUUGAGGAAGAGGCUUUAUCUAAAUUAAAAGAAAGUGGUUCGCCUGAUCAACACCACAUUGAAGGUGGAGGUAGAAGUGAUGAAGGUGGACAUGGCCUGCAUACUUAUUCUGUAAAUGGUAAAUUGAAGCAGUUUUCUGACUGGCUUUUAGACAUCAUUGCUACGGGUGAUUUAGAUGCUUUUUUUCCUGCUGCGACACGGGAGUAUGCCCCGUUGGUCGAAGAAAUGUGGAGGGAUUCUGCCAUUCAAGAAACAUACAAGAGAAGGAAUGAGCUUCAUUUUCUCCCCGAUGUUGCAGAAUACUUCCUGAGUCGGGCAAUUGAGGUAUCAAGCAAUGAAUACGAACCCUCUGAAAAGGAUAUACUCUAUGCUGAAGGGGUGACCCAAGGAAACGGAUUGGUUUUGAUAGAUUUCUCACUAGAUGAUCGCAGUCCAAUGUCAGAAGCCUACAAUGACAAUCCAGAUGUUCAUUCUCAGCCGCUUACUAGAUAUCAGUUAAUUCGGGUCAGUGCCAGGGGUACAAAUGAGGGCUACAAGUGGCUGGAAAUGUUCGAGGAUGCUCGUGCUAUAAUAUUUUGUGUCGACCUCAGCGACUACGAUCAACACGGUGAGCCUGUUCAUGGAAAGAACAAGUCUCUAACUAAUAGGAUUAUGCAGAGCAAGGAGCUCUUUGAAACAACUGUGAGACAACCAUGCUUCAGAGAUACACCUUUUGUUCUUGUGCUCAACAAGUAUGACCUCUUUGAGGAGAAAAUCAGUAGGGUGCCCCUUUCAUCCUGUGAGUGGUUCCAGGACUUCUGCCCCUUGAGGACCAGCCACAACAACCAAUCCCUUGCCCAUCAGGCCUAUUAUUACAUUGCCAUGAAGUUUAAGGACCUCUACUUCGCCCUCACCAAGCGGAAGCUCUUUGUUUGGCAAACUCGGGCACGGGACCGGCCGACUGUCGAUGAAGCUUUCAAGUAUGUGAGAGAGGUGCUCAGAUGGGAGGAUGAGAAGGAUGAUAACUAUGUUAUUGAGGAUUCUUUCUAUAGCACCACUGAAUUGAGCUCUUCACCAUUCAUCAGGCAGGAACAAUGAACAUACCUAGUCAUCAACUGAACAAUUACAUAUUUGCAUCUCAUUUGCUGAUAUUAUACUGAGAUUUGUUCUACUGUGUUGAUAGGAAAAAGAUUUUCUUUGUCUGUAACAUGAGUUGAACUUUUUAUGGUGUAUGAACAGAUUUUAGAGAGGAACUGAUUAAAUGAAGAAGUAAUUAUUCAUUUGUAUUUGAGAUUAGCUAUUUGUAUGUUUCCAUUACUUUGUUAGAUCUAAUACACAUGAAGAGAAUUCUCUGUAAUCUCAACUUGACUGUUUUAAGCUAAUGCAGAGCUUGUGGUAUUAUCAAA